AUAAAAAAGAACUUAUUUCAAUUCCCUCGCAUAUAAUAUGCAUGGUUGUAUUACUAUAAAUAAAUUUGUGUUAGUCUUGAAUAUAAACAAGAAGUAGAGGUUGUGUACUUGAGCACCAAAGAUCAGGCCAUUCAUUGCUUUUGCUCAACAUACACCUCUCUUUGUCUCUGUUUCUCAUCCUCUCAAAAAAAAAAAAAAAUUCUUUCUUUCUCAUUUUCUUGCCUUUGCUUCAAUUAGCAGCUCCAAAAAUUCACCCUUUUUCUUAUCACUUACUGAUGAUCUACAGCUCGAAUGCUGCAGCACUCGAUCGAUUUUUCUGCUUUUAUUUCUUCCUCUGACAUAAUCCCAUCAAUUUUGAUAAUCGUAACUCGCAAGCCAAACAAAUAUACAUACUAUGCUUAGCUAAAAUACGUGCCUUUUUCGCAAAGUCAUUACAAAAGUGUAUAUAUGCUAUAUAUGUUUGUCGUACUAACAAUAUAAGUGUCCAUAAGUUGGAAGAUUGUUAGCUUAGUUAGCUUUCAUCCUUGAUUAAUAGCCAAUUUGGUUGAAUAAUGGAUCGAAUUUCGGCGUAUCAACCUGGAAAUGUAGAUGAUAUUACUAGCCAAAUUGGUUUGAUUUGGGAUCAAGCUAAAUAUCCACUAUUAAUUCCGUUACUUAAGUUAUUGGUAAAGGUUUGUUUAGGAAUGUCAUUGAUGCUGUUCGUGGAACGAGUUUAUAUGGGGUUUGUUAUUGUACUGAUUAAAAUCUUCGGUCGUAAACCCGAGAAAAGGUAUAAUUGGGAACCAUUGAAGGAUGAUUUGGAGCUAGGGAACUCUAAUUACCCUAUGGUUCUUGUUCAAAUUCCCAUGUACAACGAGAAAGAGGUAUAUCAAUUAUCAAUUGGAGCAGCAUGUGGGCUUUCAUGGCCAUCAGAUCGUAUCAUAAUCCAAGUGCUAGACGAUUCAACUGAUCCAAUUACUAAGAAUAUGGUGGAAAUGGAAUGCCAAAGAUGGGGAAGCAAAGGAAUAAACAUAAAAUAUGAGAUAAGAGACAACAGAAAAGGGUACAAAGCAGGGGCACUUAAGGAAGGAAUGAAGCAUAAUUAUGUUAAGGAGUGUGACUUUGUUGCUAUUUUCGAUGCUGAUUUUCAACCUGAGCCUGACUUUCUUUGGCGAACUAUCCCUUUUCUAGUUCAUAACCCUGAAAUUGGUCUUGUUCAAGCUCGUUGGAAGUUUGGGACAGCUGGGGUAUGGAGGAUAUCAGCAAUCAAUGAGGCUGGUGGGUGGAAAGAUCGAACAACUGUGGAGGAUAUGGACUUGGCUGUGCGGGCCAGUCUUAAGGGUUGGAAAUUUGUUUAUGUGGGUGACCUUAAGGUAAAAAAUGAACUUCCAAGUACCUUCAAAGCAUACCGAUAUCAACAACAUAGAUGGUCAUGUGGCCCUGCUAAUCUAUUUAGAAAAAUGGUACAAGAAAUCAUAACAAAUAAGAAAGUGUCACUAUGGAAGAAGGUUCAUGUGAUAUACAGCUUCUUCUUUGUUAGGAAAAUAGUAGCGCACAUUGUUACCUUCAUUUUCUAUUGCAUUGUAUUGCCAGCAACAGUUUUGGUCCCAGAAGUUGAAGUGCCAAAGUGGGCAGCUGUUUAUAUUCCUAGCACUAUUACUCUCCUCAAUGCUGUUGGGACCCCAAGAUCUCUUCAUCUUGUAGUGUUUUGGAUUCUAUUCGAGAAUGUUAUGUCAUUGCAUCGAACUAAAGCAACAUUUAUCGGCCUCCUAGAAGCUGGGAGAGUCAACGAAUGGGUUGUUACAGAGAAAUUAGGAGAUGCACUAAAAAACAAAUUAAAUAGUGCUAAAUCAUUCAAGAAACCUCGCAGCAGAAUUGGAGAAAAAAUCAAUAUGUUGGAGCUUAUGGUAGGAGCCUACCUAUUUUUCUGCGGAUGCUAUGAUGUUGCAUUUGGGAGAAACCACUACUUCAUUUACCUAUUCUUGCAAUCCUUGGCAUUUUUCAUUGCUGGGUUCGGUUAUGUGGGCACGUUUGUUCCCAAUUAUUAGAUAACCUACUAAACCAAAUUGGCAAAAUUAAUGUGUGAUAUAAAUAGAUUCCCUGUUUUCCUAUUAAAUUAAUUAAUUUCAAUUUGUUUUUGUUUUGAUAAUUUAUGUAUUAUUGUCUCUUUGUUGCCUUUCUAAGCAACGUAUACGAAAUGUUUUUUUCUUUUGAAUUUUGGAAUAUACACAAGAAAUAUCAUUCAUUUUUUUUUGGUGGUAUUUAGAGAGCCAUAAGGGCAGGGUGAGAAAUAAUCCCAAUAUCACUUGGAAUCGGGAGGGGAGCUCUAACCACUUAAGCUAUCCCUCACUCUCAGAAAUAUCAUUCUUUGUAAUCGAAUAUAAACAAUCUGCAAGGCACGUAUGUCCUAUUGUUUCA